AUGCCUUCAAGCGACAUGGCCACGUCAUCUCCCGGACCAGGCACCUCUCUCGAAGAUAACCUGAGAUACUACAAGGCGCAAUAUGAGCUCCUCGAAUCCGAGCUCGCCGACUUUCAAGCAUCCAGUAAGGAGCUGGAAGCCGAACUUGAAAAAGAUAUCGAGGCCUCCGAAAAGCGCGAGCGCCAACUGAAGGACAAGGCUUCCAACUUACAGUAUGAAGUGGAUGAAUGGAAAGCAAAAUAUAAGCAAGCUAAGAGCGAAGCCUCCUCGGCGCAGUCGACGCUUCAAAAAGAAAUCACAGAACUGCGCGAUACUAAUCGGACGCUUCAACUACGCCUACGAGACACGGAAGUUGCAAACGAUGACUAUGAGCGCCAACAACGCAACACCGAGUCUUCGCUGGAGGACAUGGAAUCAAAGUACAAUCAGACGCUGGAACGAAGCGUCAUGCUGGAAGAAGAGAUGCGCGCUGGCGAGCAGGAACGUGAGGCAUUACGUAUAGAGGCUCAGCGUCUCAAGGACGAGUUCUCUGAUUACAAGAUUGAAGCAGACAUCGUGAGGGAGAAGCUGGCAAAGGCCGAGGCCUCGCUGACCACAAGCAAUUCUCAACUCAGUAUCGAGCCUGUCGCUGUCUCGGCGUCUCCGCGCUCUGAACUGUCUCCCACGACCACAGAUACCUCUUUCGAUACUCCACCUGCGAAGACUUCUUCAUCCGGUGUAUCAGAUACCCCGACUCCGCCUUCGCCGCCAGUUUCCGAGCGCUCAGCCGUCACAACCAAAUCCAAGACCAGCCAGCCGUUCACUACACCUUCAAUACCUCGGGUGAGGACCUCACUCAACGGCAGCAUCCCGACACCGCGCCAACCAACUUACCCACGACCCAACGCCUCCGGCGCUUCCCAUACUCGCGGCCCCUCCAUCCCUGCUAUCUCGCGUACCGGGCCUUCCGGCACCGGCCGUCAAUCUUUUGGAAGUAGCAUUCCCCAGCGUUCUGGCCUCCCUCAGUCCUCGUCUAUUAUGCAUCUCCGCAACCUCCGAUCCAAGAUGCAGAAUCUCGAAGCACGAGUGCACACCGCACGCAGCAAGCUUCCUGGACCCGUGAAUACGCCGCCCAAAGCAUCUCCUCGCUCCGGCUCAGCUCUCGGGAAUCAUGCCAUCCCUGCCUCAGUCACUGUCCGUAGCCGCAAACGUGCCGGUGGUUCUACGAUUAGCGGCGCCUCUCAGCCAGACAGCGAUAGCACGCCUUCCGUGCCCCGGACGAAACCAUCACGGCCUUCUUUGGGCCAGUCUUACUCUCGAGACAUGCCUCCGCCCACACCGACAGGAACGUCUUUUGCUACAUCACAGCGUGGAGAGAUGGCCGCUCCUCCAUCCCGUCCCGAUUCACGCACCUCCACGUCACGCCAUAGCUUCAUUGCCUCCCACAGCCGUCCUGGCAGCCGCGCCUCCGUCUCUAAUCUCCGAGGCUUCGGUAAUGGAUCGCAGUUCGCACCGAACGCAUCCACGGAUCGCGUGCGGCCCAAAUCCGCGCUGAGCAGCCACGGCUUCGAUGGCGCGAUGGACGACUCCGGCGUCGGCGACGACAGCAUCAUCGAAGAUGCUGGCGAGGACGCCUUCGACACCGAUGGCCGCGGCGCGAAUAGCAAAGACCUCACAACCCCGACACCGCGAAGGACCAGCUUCAUGCGCCCGAGCGGCCGGGUCAGCGACAUAGGCUCCGCCAUACCCAGUCCUGUGAAGAGAACGAGCCUCGGCGGGCAGGGCAACAGCCGGCUUCCCGCCCCGCUGGGCCGGCGGCAGAGCCAGACGAGCCUGCCGAUGCGGAGCGAGAGUGCGCAGGGCCACAGAAGGGGCGAAAGCGUGUCGAGACCGCAAUCCCGGGUCGAGAUCAUGCAGGACGUGCAAGAGGGGAAGGGCGGCUAUGAUGUCAACGAGACUUUCUAG